AUGGGGUUUAUGGGUGAGUUGAGAUUUGACAAUAUUUUUAGAGAAUGUUUGACAAACUUUUCAGACUUUGUCAAAAGUCUAAAACUCCGAGAAUGGAUCACAUUCGCUAUAUUUUUGGUUUCAUUGGUGAUGUUGAUUGUAGGAAUUGUUUUGAUUGUUGUCGCAGCAAAUAGCAUGCCAGUAUUUCGUAAGUUGAAUAAGGUUUCAAAUAUUUUUCAACGGUAGAUCAAAAGUUAUGUGGAGUUUUUUCAAUUUCAGAUUGUUUUGCAAUUAGUUUUCAGAAUUAGAUUUCUUAUUAUCAAGUUCCGAAGAAAUACAGAGAAACAUUAUUUGAUCUACCAGUUUCCAUAUGAGAAAACCUAUGCUAUAUAUAGCCUAUUCCCCCUCUCUCUCUCUACAUAACGCUCAAAAAUUGACCACCACAGCGGGGGAUAGAACCAGAGCUAGGGAACAUCAACUCCUAGCCUUCUACCACUAUGCCAUGGUGGAACAAAAAUGAAAGCGGAAAGAUAUGCAUAUCCUUUUUGUUUUCAUGCAGAUUAACGAGCAGGUGUCAAAAAAGGAGAAAAAGAGUACUAGUAAGAACAAGACGAGAUUUGAAAGAGAGCCGGCUUGAGAAACAUAUAAUUUUUAUUUGUCCGAAAAUGAGAAUUGAGCAAAAAAGCUAUUGAAAAAACCGAUUUUUUACAUUUCCAAUUUCUUUUCUAUAUCAAACCAAAAUUUGACCACACAAAUCAUGAUUUUCUUCUCCACGCACAAUCAACCCUGUCACAAAAUGUUGUCUAUUUAUUAUCUCAUAGCUUCUUCCAGCAUCCUUUGAAAUUCCAACAUGUCCAACAAAUCCCAAAGCUGUAUUCACAACAUCGUUUGCCAGUGGUGUUACCUGGUCUCAAAAUCUCGAAAACCCAAACUCUGAUGAAUUCCGUAUGCUUGCCUCACAAUUGGAAGCCAAUGUAAUUUUCUAUUAAUCCGAUAAUUGCUCUUCUAAAUUGUGUAUUUUUGUAGAUUUCAUCUGGUUGGACUGCUCCUGUGAUUCCAACUUACUAUUAUAAAGCGCUGGUUACAGUAUAUCCACCAAUGCUAACUCAAGUCAACGCGUUUUCGUAAGUUCAUGCAUUUCUUAUCAAAAUUUUUAUUCGAUUAAAAAUAGACACGGCUGAUAAAUCGAAUUACAUACAUAAUCUUUUGAUUUUUUGCAGUCAGGCUCAAAAUGGAGUGAAUUUUUAUACUCAAUUUGUAUUUGCUGAUGGAACAGUUUCAACAGCUGAUGUUCAAAGUGUUAUUACUGCACAAGGAUAUCCAACUGAUACUUACAGUAAUUCCAUUCUUCGACAAAGUUUUAAAAACCCUUAUCAAUAAUUUUUAGCAACAUCAACUGCUCAAUGCUCGGGUCUUAUUCCAAAAUCAAACCAACCUACAGUAUCACCAGGAACUAUGGCACCGGGAGUAUCAACUACACCAUCAGCAGUUCUUCAAAACGGGGCUUAUUGCGAUGCAAGUCAAAAUUUGCUUGUCAACAUUUUCCUUGUUGAUGUUUCUACUCCUAUCAUUGGAACACUUGAUGAUAAACUUGCAAAAAUUUCGACUUAUCUUUCAAAUUCUACUCUGACCAUUAAUCUUGAUCAAAAUAAUGGGUGGACUAAUCAGGAAAAUCGUUUGGUGAUUUAUGGAGGAAAUGAGGCGUGAGUUGGAGAAUUUUUAAGAUAAUAAGCGUGGGACAAGAUCCACUUCAAAUAUUCUUCCAGAAUCCCACUUGGAAGAUCCAGAAAUCAAGCAAACUGGAACUCAAUUAUCAGCCAACUCAAUUCUACUAUCGUAAAUCCACUGAACGUUGAUUCUCAUGAUAUGCAAGAGUAAGUUAGCAUAACUCCAGAAACAUAGCACUGAUUUUAUUUUAUAGAGGUCUCCGAUAUGUGAUGGACAAUUAUAUGCCACAAACUGGAGUUGCUACAAAUUUGAUUGUUGUUGCUGAUGGAUUGUGAGUGUUUUGCAUUUCAAAAAAACUAACAUUAAAAAAAUCAUUUUGCAGUGGUAUGAAUUCUGCAAACACGGUUAACGAAAUCUCAAAUGUUUUGAAAAACCAAUAUUAUUAUUCAAUCGGUAUUAUUUUGAUGUCAACUUCUCAAGUUGUGCAAAGUGUUGUUCAACCAAUUGCCUCGGAUUUCUUCCAUUUUUAUCCAAUCGAUAGUAUUGAUUAUUUGCAAAACACUGCUGUUCAAAACACACAAGCUCUCUGGGGAUGUCAAGCUUUCUACCCAACUGCUCCGCCAGCUACACCUGCACCAACAAGAAUCCCAUUGGUGACGACUAUUGGACAACAAACCACAACUACACCAAGACCAACAUUGAACCCACUUCUUCCGACAAUCUCGGGAUGCACUCAAAAUGUGUUAUUCUUGAUUGAUGAAUCUCAAAAUCUUUUGAAUAAUGGCUAUUCGUCUGCUAUUCAAUAUGCUAUUAAAGUUGCGACAUCUUUGAAUAAUCUGAAUAAUUUAUCACGAUUUUCUUUUAUUUUCUAUAAUCAACAAGUUGUUUAUCAAUCAAAAACAUACACUGAUUUCACCACCUUUGCUAAUCAGAUCAAUUCAGCUCAACAAUAUCUUGGAGUCUCUAACCCAACAGUGUAAGAAAGUCACCCUUGUGUAAAACAAUUCUGAAAGUGAGUGAAUACAUUUUUUUGUUUCAGCGGAUUUACCGCUGCUCGCGAUUUCAUCUCUGCACAAUCCCAAUACAAUAAUGAUACAGUUCGAUCAGUUUUAUUUUUUAUAACUGAAGAGUAAGUUUUAUAAAAUUAAUCGAAAUGUAAAAAUUGUUUUUCAGAAGUCAAUUCAAUAAUAAUGAGCAAGCUGCUUCACAAAUUGCAUAUUCUAUCAGGUCCAAAUAUCAAACACAAAUUGUUGGAGUUGGUGAGUAAUUUUUCUAAAUUUUGAGAUUUGAAAAUUGUGUUUUCAGAUCUCACUGGAAGCUCCCAGAGUUCAAGUUCAAUCCAACAGAUUGUCCAAUAUGGAGUUCGAGACGCCUAUGCUCCUUCUGUCUUCAUGAGCGUGACUCAACCUUCUGAUAUCACUUCUGAUCAAAACGUCAACACGACGGUCUACCAACUUAAAUGCAAAGGUUGGUUCAUGAUUCAUAAUAUAAGAAGAUUUUCAAAAUCUAGUUUUUUAGAUCUCUCUAACUGCAACAUCGAUUUAACAUUUGUGAUUGAAACAUCCGAUGUUCAAGGUGACAACUUUGUUGAUAUUGUAAGUCAAAAAUUACUAGCAGCAGAAAAAAAAAUGAAAAACGUUCCAGCAAGUUCGAAGUGUUCUGAAUGUUCUCACUUACUAUCUCGGGCUCAUUUCUCCAAUGAAAAUUUCGGUUUCGGUGAUUUAUUUCUCAUCGCCACCAAAUUUGACAGUUGGUGAUUCUGGAAACUCAGGAGUUUUAUUCCAGCAGGUUAGUAAGGUCUGGAAGAUUAGAUUAUCAAUUUUCUUAUGUUUCAGUUCACAAAUGGUCAAACUGCUAUUGAUACUCUCAACACAACAAGUUUCAAGCCAUAUGGAGCAGCAUCAGAUCUUCAAUUGUCAGUUCUCUCACAAUACGUCUUCUAAUCAAUUUAGUUUCAGAGGAUUCCAACUCACAUCGCAAAGUUUGCAAAACGCAUUUAUUCAAAACAGUAAAUUUGUCGUUUUCUUUGCUCGCGGAGCUUAUGAUAAAUUCGCAAACUGCUGUCCUGAUCCAUCUGCCGACGCAGCUUCCGUUCAAGCACAAGCUACAGUUCAAGGAGUUGCUAUUGGUCCAUAUUAUAACAAAGACCAACUAGACAAAUUAACCGGUUCCAAUUCAAUUGAUGCGAAUCAAAUUAUUGGAAACGCUAAUGUUUCGGUGAGUGUUAAGUUUUUAAUUUCCAAAAAAUAUUUCGUAUUUUCACUCUAGGUUCAAUCUGUUCGUUCUCAAAUUGCUGGACAAAUUGCCGACCAACUAACCCCAAUAAUCGAUAAAUUCAUCAAUAGUCAAUACUGCCCAGGGGUUCCAGAUUACAGUAACUUUAAUAAGAUUUUUCGACAAAAAAUAAGAAUUAUUUUUCAGUUAACCCACCAUGCGAGGAGCCAAUUGAUACCUUGAUUUUAUUGCAUGCUAACGAUCAAAACAAUUGGAAUAGUAUAAUCAAUUUCACAGCCAAUGAAUUGAUUCCAGAUUUAUUGGGAACAACUGGUCAACCAAGUUCUAAAGUUCUCACAACUUCAUAUCCUAUCAAUUUUGCUAUUGCUUCGUAUUAUUAUCUCGAUACCAAAAUUGUGAGUUUCCCAAGAAUAUUAAAAACCAAAAUUAGUUUUUUUUUAGUUUGCUGAUUUCACAUAUCUCCGAUCUGCACAAGAUUACAUUAAACUUGCUUCAACGUUGCCUUUCUACCCAACCAAAGGAACGGCAACACUUUCCCUGUAAGAUUAUUGAAUAAUUGAAUCUCAAACUUUUUUUUUCUUUCAGUGCUUACAAGAAAGCUGUUGAAAUUUUCACCGAUGGUCGACCAUAUGCUAGCAAGAAUUUGAUUUUGAUCACUGAUACCAUUGAGUAAGUCAUCUCACAGACCAUUUUUUUCAAAGUUUCAUAACUCCUUUUCAGCUUUGCUGACGUUGAAGAUGCAUUUUCUGAACACGAUGCCAUGGUUCAACAAGUCGGCGGCUAUACAUCUGCAUUGGCAGUCAACACUGAUACAGUUCCUGGUGCAGAUUAUCAGAUUUCUGUUGAUCCAUUGGAACUUGAUGGAAGAAAUCAAUAUGCUGGAAGACAAUUAGCAAAUGUUCUCACAACAAAAACUUGUAAUUACGUACCUGUGCAAAGUUCGUAUUGAAAAAAAUUUAGAAGAGAUUUCAAAGUUAAAUUAUUAAUUCCAGUUCCAACAAAUCCACCAACUCCGCCAGUUCCAACAUUGCCUGGACCAAUUCCAGUUGUCAAAGCUCGAACUGUCUGGCCUGAUAUUACAAUUUUGAUUGACACAUCAGUUGCAUCAAAUUCGAAUACCACUGGAAUGGAUGCAGUUUCCUUUGAAAAAAUCAGAAAUUUCCUUGACAUUUUUGUUGGACAAUAUUCGAUUGGUGAAAAAGGAUCAAAAUUCACAAUUGCCACAUUCGAUGGUCAAACUGUAGAUUAUGCUUGCAAAUUUAUUGAUGUAAGUCAUUUUUUCUCUCUGUAAAACAAUUCAAAAUGAGGAUUCUGCAGGUCAACAACUAUUAUGAUUUGAAUUCAUGUCGCAACGAGCACUUAUCUUUCUACAGUCGAAAUCACGGAAACUCAAGAGAUAUUGCGUAUGCUUUGCAGAAUGUUAACUCAAAUAUUUAUGCUUCAAACUCAUCAGGAUAUCGUGGAUUGAAUGAGAAUUUCUUAAUUCUUUUAACUUUGGGAACAUCUACGACAACAUUGAAUUCAGAGUUGAAAAAUAUUCAAAGAAACGGUGUGAAAACAAUUGCUAUUGGUUUGUCAAAUGUUAUGAAUAAUUAUGAUAUUAGUCAAUAUGGUCAAUACAGUUUCUUGAUUUCUGAUUGGAAUUCAGUUUAUACUGGAAUCGAUACUAAUUAUGAUCUUGUCGAUAGACUCAUCCAAACAACAACUUCAAAGAGUAGGAUUUUCAAGAAAAAAUAGUUUUUGAUGAAAAUAAAUUCAGGACUUCCAUCAAGCACAAACUUCUUUGGCAACUUGGUAUUCAUUGUUGAUCAAUCACAAUCUAUUCUCUCUGAUUUUACAAACAUUCGUCAAUAUGUUUCUGAUUUUGUCAAUCAAUUCUCUGUCGAUUGGCACAAGUGAGUGCUGAUGGCACACUUGAGGGAACUUCCAAUUCAAUGAUAAUUUUCAGAACUCAAAUCAGUAUUAUUCCAUUCGCUGCAAAUGUUUUGAAUCCAUUAAAAUUGAAUGCAUAUCAAACAACAGUUGACAAUUAUUUGAGCUCGUGGAAUAGUGAUUCGGUGUCAACUUCAAAUAUUGCUAAUAUUGGAAAUGCUAUUCAAUAUGCUGCAGAUAUGUUGGCAACAGCAACAGAUCGACCAAAUUAUGUUAUUUAUGUUGUUGGUUCGGAGAAGUGAGCUGUUUUUUUUUUUAAUUAUUGUAAAACCAAUUAUAACAAGGAGAUACCGAAGGCUUCUAAGCAAAAACAGAAAAACCCAUUUUCAAAUAUAAUCUUCCAAAAAUUUUAUAAGUAACACAAAAGUAUUUCAGCGCUACUGGAGCUGAACUUUCCACAAAAUUGCUUAAUAACGUUGAAGGAGUUUAUGUUGCCAAUUACAAUUUAGCUGCUCAAAGUUAUGCCAAACAAUUAGCAUUUGAUGCAAGUAAAAUAUAUACGUAAGUCAUCAAUUUUUCAUGUUUUUCAAAUUUCAAUACCAUUUUCCAGGGUUUCCUCAAGUUCACAACUCCUCAACCGAGUUUUGCCAUUGGAUUAUUAUUCAGGCAACCCUAUUGUUUCACUCAUUACUGAUUUGUAUUACGGUAAACAAUCUUAAUAACCAUAUCUCAAAGUUUUUCUAUAAAAAAUUUGCAGAUCAACAAAUUGUGGAUUCAAUCAAUUUCCCAGUUAGUUCUAUUGCUGCUGAUAUUAUCAUUCUUCUUGAUGAAACUGGUUUAACUGAUGAUGAUUUUGCAACCAUGAAAACAUUCCUUGCCAAUUUCACAAAUCUCUUCCAUAUCGAUUCAACAUCCACACAAUUUGCUCUCCAAGCGUAUAACGGUCGAACAAUUCCACAUGAUGGAUUCCAUUUGUAUGAAUCAGUUUCAAAUGAGAAUGUGAAAAACAGAAUCAGUCAACUUACAUUAGCAAAAGCUACCGAAAACUCAACAGAUGCUGAUUUAGCUGGAGCAAUUGAACAAGAAUUAUUCUUCUUUUUAACCGAAGCAAAUGGAUGGCGAGAUGAUACAACAACUUAUACUUUGAUUUUCUCACAUGCCGAUAGUUUUUAUCAAAGAGAUACAGCGACUGCUCAGAAUGUGAAAAAUCAAUCGACUGUGUUUUCUGUUGGAACUAAUGGGCAACGAUUUGAUUAUGUCAGAAAUUUCACAAACAGUGGAUUCUAUGAGACUGUUUCGUCGGUGGCUCAAAUAUCAUUGACUGCGCCAGCAAUUCAAGAUUUGCUUACAACAAUUCAGAAUGGUGAGUGUGAAAAAUUUGUUGAGAAAUUGUAUACGAUAUUAGAGAAACGUGAUCUAAUAUUUGGCUUCUACCCCUUUUCUAAUCGCAUUUAUCCCAAUUUGAAUUAAAAAUCGUCUACUUUCCAGACUACAAGUCCACAGUUUACCCAACCGCCUAUCCAGUCAAAAGCAUUGUCAAAGCCGAUUUCAUUUUCCUCAUCGAUUCCGCUUUGGGAACAGCCUACACAAAUACAAUCGAAAACUUCUUGUUCGAUUUCACAAACAAUGUUGGAACAUUCUCAAACAGUGGAAAUGACACAAGAUUGGCAUUUGUCACAUACGGAAAUAAUGUGAGUCAUUUCAUGUUUUAUUGAAUUAGAGUCUAUUUAUGGAAAAAAAAACGUUUAGGGUCCAAUUUUCACUUCAAACUUCAAUGAUCCUCAAGAUGUUACAUCAAUUCGAAACAGAAUAUUCAACUUGAACUUGACUGCAGUUAAUGGAAUCAGUAAUUUGAGAGGUGCAAUUGAUUCAGUGAUAUUAAAUGAAUAUACAUUUGGUGUCGAUUCAACGAGACCAACUUAUUUAACAGUGAUAUCAGGUUCAGCAAGGUAAAUAUUUGAAAAAGAGUAACCUUACCUGCUCUUCUCAUAAAUCUUCGAGGUUCGUAAGAAAAACUUUUUCCAGCAUCUCACCCACUAUUGAUAAUCGAACUUCGCGUCAAUUGAAUACAAGAUAUUCAACAUUUAUGAUUGAAGUUGUUGAUAAUAAUGAUACUUUUGAAUAUGUUCCUCAAGUUAUUGGCACAAAAUCAACAGCAAAUAGAGUAAUUUAUGAUAAAAACCUAAAUUUCAAGGAUAAUCAAGUUGGCACAUAUACCUCAUGGAUAUCAAAAGGUACGAUCCCGAGAGAAAUUAUAAAAUGGAAAUAUUUUUUACAGAAUUCUCAGCGUGGCAAACCACAUUUCCCAGCGCCAAUAACAAUUAA